CAGAAAGCCCUGUGACAUCCACAGCCCUACCAGACAGAUCCGGGGACCCAACCAAUCCGCCCAACCAACAUCGUACUCCGGCCCGGCGGCGGCGAAACCACCGCGCGGCGAUGGCGGACGGCGCCAGCAGCAGCGGCGCCGGGGCCGGCGGACGCGGGGGCGGCGGCGGCGAGUCGGUGGUGAUUGACUACGGCCGGCGGCGCACGACCUGCGGCUACUGCCGAUCCACCGGUCCCACGAGCAUCUCCCACGCAAUAAACAUCUCUGACAGCCGCCAAGAUCAUGACCGGUGGACGUAUGUCUGGGGGUCCUCCACCUUCACGACGCACAAAUACUACUCCUGCUUCAGAGACACAGUGGCACAUCAAUCUUUCCGAUGGUUAUGGAAAUCCAAGUCCACAAUGAAGAUCAAAGUAUUUGGAUGGCUGCUCCUCUCUGACCGCUUAAACACAAGAAACAUGCUCAAGAGGAGACACUACAAUAUUGGGGAUGACCAUGAUUGUAUCCUGUGUGGACUGCACAUUGAAGAGACAGUUGAGCAUUUGUUCUUUGAAUGUCAGUUCACUCAACCUUGCUGGGCGAGCUUCGGCUUGUCCUGGCAACAAGGGGGGACCAGGCUUCAAAAUGUUGAGGUUGCCAAAGAGACAUGGGCUCGGCCGCUGUUUAUGGGAACUUUUCUUCUAGCAGCCUGGAGCAUUUGGAAGGAACGAAACAACAAGCAUUUCAGAGGUCUGUGGGCUAACAGUCUGAAAGCUGAUGACUAUCAAGCUCUUCUUGACCGUGGAUGGAGGAGGUCUGGCAGUUUUCUCUACAAGCCUGAGAUGGAACGGACAUGCUGUCCGGCAUAUACUAUACGUCUGAAGGCAAGUGAUUUCAUUUGUUCCAAAGAGCAAGACCGUGUACUUAAAAGGAUGCAAAGGUUUCUUGAUGGAGAGCUCGAACCACAGGUUGGAAGUCCACAGUGCAAGAAUAACCCUACGAAACGUUCACUCAAUGAACCUAUGAAUUCACCAACCUUGAAAGUAUCCAGGGUAUCAGCAUAUGAAUUUCAAACAGCCACGGGUCCAAGUUUGGACAAAGAAGAUGAGUUUAUUAGUUUCCUGUCUAGCAAAAUCAACGAGGCAAUAGGUACGUGCUUCCAAGGUGGAAUGGUAGGUUCUGAUGUUGAACUCCCUAAAGCUGUUGUGAAGACUGUUAAACCUCAAGUAAAAAAGAAAGUAGGAGGAGCAGCACAAGAAAAGAAAGGAGGAGCAGUGCAAGAUUUGGUGUACUCAUGUAAUAUAAGUUUCCAACUGGCUGCAGUAAUUAAACGUGCAUUGUCUGAAGAAAAACGUGCAGUAUUAGGGGACCUUUCUCCAAAUUGUAUUGCAGAAAGGCUGGUGUUGACAAUGGAACAUCAUGGAGAAAUAGCUGGUUUUGCAGUGAAAGCCUGUAAUGGCCAUCUGAACUUCUACUCAGCCACUAUUCAGCCAAUUCAGAACCAUACUAGCAUUGAUACAUGUGCACAAGCUUCUGAUAGGCCGACUAGCUCAAAACAAAGCUCUGUGAACAAAAAUGAUGCAAGACAUAAUAAAAAAGCAAGAAAGCUGGAAUUUAAGAUGGCAAGAUCGCAUUUUGACCCUGAGGAGUUUGCUUUGUACCAAAGAUAUCAGACAAAAGUUCACAAGGAAAAGACAGUUACGGAAAGCUCAUACAAGAGAUUUCUGGUGGAUACCCCAAUUGUACCUAUUCGCCCAAGGAGUGGUGAUAAUACAGUUCCGCCAUGCGGUUUUGGUUCAUUUCAUCAGCAGUAUAGAAUUGAUGGAAAACUUGUGGCAGUUGGUGUAGUUGAUAUCCUUCCGAAAUGUCUCUCAAGCAAAUAUUUGUUCUGGGAUCCUGACCUUGCUUUCCUAUCUCUUGGAAAGUAUACAGCUCUAAAGGAAAUAGAUUGGAUCAAGACAACACAGAAAAGUUGCCCCAGCCUUGAGUACUAUUACCUUGGUUAUUAUAUACAUUCCUGCAAUAAGAUGAGAUACAAAGCUGCAUAUCGACCAUCAGAACUUCUCUGUCCAGUUCGUUAUGAGUGGGUGCGCUAUGAUGCUGCGAAACCCUUACUAGAUAAGAGCCUGUAUUCUGUUAUAUCUGAUUUCUCCACCAUGGCGCAAGAUGAAAUCCCACAACCACACGCUUGUGGCCCUUGUGACGAAUCUUCAGCAAAAAAUGACCACAGUGAGACUCCUAUUGACGAGGAUGACGAGGACUCAGAGUCAGACUAUGACGAAUCAGACAUGAUGGUUGAUGAAGAGAUGGUUCAUUCAGAAUCCAAAGGUGAUACAGCUGAGGACUGUUCUGGCGUAGAUGUUGAAAAUGUUAUCAUGGACCUGAGCGGCUCUCGGGUUAAAUACAAGGAACUUCACAGCGUUGUCGGGCCGAUCGACAGGAGACACCUGAGUGAGCUGGAAAGGCAGCUGAGCCGAUACGCGAAAGUUGUUGGGAAGGAGCUGUCUGACCGUAUCGUCUAUUCGCUUAGCUGAGCAGCAAACAUUCUGCAGGGACAACGCAGCGCAGCCGUCCGAAACUCCUCUCCGAUUGUUUGUGCAAGUCCUGUAGAAAACCAGAUAGAUAGACGGCUGGAAACCGAUGAUGCUGUUGUUGUCAAUCGAUUCAUAAAAAAGUCUCUUUUGGUUCCAGUGGCAAUUGCCCGGACAGCAACUUGUGCUGCGCCACAAGCGAUUUGAUUUGGACGUGUAUAUGGUUGUCGGGAUUAUCACAACGGAAAGCGCAUGCGUACAAGUCUC